AACAAAAGAAAACAUAAAUAUAGAGCGCACAGCACGACUUGACUUUGCUCCAAUAUCCACACUGACGGUUGCAGGGGGGGCAACCUUGUCAUUGUUGUUAUUUUAUUGAUAAGGAGACGCGGAGAGGCAGAGAACUUCGAUCCAGUCACAUUGGCGCCCAAAGGCAAAAGCAUUCCCAUAAUUUCAGUUCCCCAUCGGCAACGCUGCACAACGGAAGUCCAAUCAACACAAUUUGAAGGCCCAUUUCCAAUCAACUGCAUUCUCUCGUCUUUAUUUCAUUUUUUUUGACUGAAACGGCUGUUUCUUCAUCAUUGUUAGGCAACAACAAUCAAAAAAGAAGAAAACAGACUUGUCCCCUUUUCUUGCCAUUGUGUCGGUUAUUUUUUUGUUGUUCUUUUUUCAAUCAGACAAUACGUAAUCAACGUGGGCGAUGGUUUCCUAUUUUGUGCCUCGCGGUCGCUUUUUAUUAAAGUCGGGCAACCGUAACUUGAGAAAGGUAAUUCAACAACAGCAACAGCUGCCACAACUCCCAUCGAAGAAUCGUCAGGAAAAUUGGCCUGUUCUGCGUCAUUUUCGUCAGUUAUCCACAAAUGCCACCUCCAAGGAGUCUCCAUCGCAGCAACUCAAAUCAAAAACUCAACCAAAGCAACACGAUCAACAACAACAGAAGAGCAACCAGCUUGAGGUACGGCGUAAUUUAUUUAAUCGCUGGACAGGAUUCCUGCUACGUUGGGCUCCUGUAGGCAUUUGUGUCUUUGGUGUGCUAGAAUGGCAGAUGCAUAAGCGACGGUGCCAACGAGAUGGCAUAAAUCGUACUGCCUCUGAAUUCCAGUCCCGGGUCUAUUGUUCACUGCCGCUGCGCAUCAUUAGCCGCUGCUGGGGCUGGCUGGCGGCCUGCUAUAUGCCUACGCCUCUUCGUCCAUAUGUUUAUGGCUGGUACUCCAAUACUUUUCAUGUUAACAUAACGGAGGCCCAGUAUCCAGAUUUUGAACACUACAGCAGCUUGGCCGAAUUCUUCACGCGUCCUCUCAAGGAUGGAGUUCGUAUCAUUGACGCCAAAGCUCCACUAGUCUCACCGGCGGAUGGUAAAGUCUUGCACUUUGGCAGCGCCUCUGACUCGUUAAUUGAGCAGGUGAAAGGAGUAAAUUAUAGCAUCGAGGAUUUUCUUGGUCCUCUGCCCACACUGGAGCAAGCUAACGAGACUGUUAAGUAUGCGCAGGCCUUGAAGGAAAGUCGGGAUGGUUCUACAGAGCUGUAUCAGUGCGUCAUUUACCUGGCCCCUGGAGAUUACCACCGCUUUCACUCUCCCACUGCCUGGAAGCCUACAGUUCGUCGGCAUUUCUCUGGUGAAUUGCUGUCGGUAAAUCCCAAAGUGGCCGGUUGGCUACCAGGACUUUUUUGUCUGAACGAACGUGUACUUUACUUUGGCCAGUGGAAGUAUGGUUUUUUUAGUUACACUGCUGUCGGCGCUACCAAUGUGGGUUCUGUGGAAAUCUACAUGGAUGCUGAUCUUAAAACGAAUCGUUGGACGGGAUUUAAUGUGGGUAAGCAUCCCCCAAGCACAUAUGAGUACGAUGAACUGAUCAUGAACGCCGACACCUCGCCAAUCCGCUCAUUCGCAAAGGGUGAUCUUGUGGGACAGUUUAAUAUGGGCAGCACAAUUGUCCUUCUCUUUGAGGCCCCGAAAAAUUUCAAAUUCGAUAUUGUAGCUGGGCAGAAGAUUCGCGUGGGCGAAUCUCUAGGUCAUAUUGUAGAGCGUCAAUAAGGAUUCGCUUGUAAUAUCGUUCAGAGAUCUUCAGAUGUAACACAUUUUGUAUUAGCUUUAGGCGAGGCCAAAAAAUCAACCAAUGUUACCUACAUAUUUGGCGAAAUUUUUUUAAAUGUAUUUUCAAUUGCCAUUUGUCUAGUUUUAAGGAAUAUUUGUAAUGUAAAAAAUAAAUAAAUAUCGAAUUAUUCUUGUA